AACAAGAACCAGGCACUUUUCUAUCUCCCACCUUUUUUUUUUUUUGCCUCUUUUUUUUCUGGAAGCUGAACUUUGGAAAGUGGAAAAUGGCUCUUUGAGAGUGUUGGCACAUUUCCCCACACCACAAUGGCAACGGAGUCCUUUCUGUUGAACGAAGAACCCUCCAGAGCUCCUGGGAUGCCUGAGUGCUAUGUAGUGUCAGAUUCAUACAGGUAUUACCCCACUCACCUUCUAAACAAUGCCUUAGUGGAUGAAUUUCACCCCUUCAUCGAGGCCCUCCUGCCCCAUGUCCGUGCCUUCUCCUACACCUGGUUCAACCUGCAGGCCCGCAAGCGCAAGUACUUCAAGAAGCACGAGAAGAGGAUGAGCAAGGACGAGGAGCGCGCCGUGAAGGACGAGCUGCUGGGCGAGAAACCGGAGAUCAAGCAGAAGUGGGCCUCGCGCCUGCUGGCCAAGCUCCGUAAGGACAUCCGGCCGGAGUUCCGCGAGGACUUCGUGCUCACCAUCACGGGCAAAAAGCCCCCCUGCUGCGUGCUGUCCAACCCCGACCAGAAGGGGAAGAUCCGCCGCAUCGACUGCCUCCGCCAGGCCGACAAGGUGUGGCGGCUGGACCUGGUGAUGGUCAUCCUGUUCAAGGGCAGCCCCCUGGAGAGCACGGAUGGGGAGCGGCUCGUCAAGUCGCCCCAGUGCUCCAACCACGGCCUGUGCGUCCAGCCUCACCACAUUGGGGUGACGGUGAAGGAGCUGGAUCUCUACCUGGCCUACUUCGUCCACACACCAGAACAAUCAGGACAAUCAGACAGUUCAAACCAGCAAGGAGACACAGACGUCAAGCCCCCAGCAAACGGCCACUUGAGUUUCCAGGACUGCUUCGUGACUUCAGGGGUGUGGAACGUGGCCGAGCUGGUCCGCGUGUCGCAGACUCCAGUAGCCACAGCGACAGGCCCCAACUUCUCUCUGGCAGACCUGGACAGCCCAGGUUACUACAACAUCAACCAGGUCACUCUGGGACGCCGAUCCAUCACCUCCACCCCGUCCACCAGGACUGAAAUGGAGCUUUAUGCAAGUCUCCCACGGAGCUCCAACAAGCGUAAGUCCAUCGACGACAGUGAGAUGGAGAGCCCUGUGGACGACGUGUUUUACUCGGGCCGCUCCCCGGCCGCCGGCAGCAGCUCCCAGUCCAGCGGCUGGCCCAAUGACGUGGAUGCAGUGCAGCACCAUUUGGCCAGUGUGCAGGAGAGGAAGAUUAAGCAUGAGAGCGAUGGAGUGCAGUUUCCUUACCAUGGACUCUCGUCGCCUGGUUCUCAUAAGAAGCUGGGGAAAUUCGAUUUCAGCGCCCUGUCCUCCCAGACGAGGUCCCCCCGCAUGGCGUACCACCACCCACUGCCAAUGCUGGCGGGAGUGAGACCAGGGAGUCCCCGUGCUUCGGCCUCGGCCCUACACUUCCCGUCCCCCUCCAUCAUCCAGCAGUCUAGCCCCUACUUCACCCACCCCACCAUACGAUACCACCACCACCCCGGACAGGACCCCCUGAAGGAAUUUGUGCAGUUCGUCUGUGCCGAUGGCUCAGGGCAGGCCGCCGGACAGCCGAACGGGAGCGGCCAGAGCAAAAUGCCAGGCUCCUUCUUGCUGCCUCCACCUCCCCCAGUGGCCCGCCCAGUGCCCCUCCCCAUGCCCGACUCUAAACCCAACAGCACGCCCCCUGACGGCGGACUCUCCUCGCCCGCAUCUCCGUCAUACUCCACGCCAGGCGCCACAGCUCCCAACAGGUUUGUCGGCAUCGGAUCACGGGACAACAACUUUCUGAACAUCCCGCAGCAGACACAGUCUUGGUUCCUCUGACAAGAUCUGUGCACAAACCAGCAAGUAGAUAUCUUUCUUUACAAUUCAAAAUGAGGAGAAAAAAAAAAAAAAGAACAGAGAAACAACCUGCAGGACGACAGUAAUUGUCUUACCAACCCGCCGACCAGCCCUGACAGUACGUCUCAUCUGAUAUGAAAUAUAACCAAGCAACGCAGGAAAUUACAGUCGCAUGACGCUUCUAGUGGAACCCUGGACAUGUUCACGCAGUCAGAAGGGGGAGGACCUGAUUCGGGUGAAGAGGGAAAGACGAACCGGGUGGACUCGAAGGAGGCCGGGAGGAAGACGGAGCUGCGGAGGACGCGACACGCGGGCCUCCUCUCGCCCGGGAACCACAGCAGCGAUGCGGCAGCAACAGGCGGAUGCGGGGCAGCGGUCAGCUUCUCCUGCUUUCCGAGGACGCAUUGUGAAACAAAUGGCUAAGAAAAAAAGAGAAUAAAACCAACAAGCUACAAAAACGUCACCCACAACGGACCCAAAACCCAAAUGAGACGAUGAGUGUCCAGUGAGAACAGCUCCUGCGAUCUCAUCAUCCCCCCAGAGCAAAACCCGAUUGGCUCCAAUAAGCAAGCGACCACGCCAAAACCUAUCUUGAUUUAAAGUUGCACUACAAGCUGAAUCAGUCAACACUAACCCAUAACGAUGUGCACUAUUUACCUGCGAGGCAUGGGAGGUAAACCACACUCGCCGAGAUGAUUUUUACGUUCUACGAAAAGGAAACACCACCAGGUACAAGAAGCCUUCAGGCGUCCUCCACCCGGCAUGGUUCAAUUCAGCCAAUCACCGGUCUCCCCUUCGCUCACAACGUUGUCAGUCUGUGUGCCAUGACUGCAGGAUUUCUCACCUUUCAGCUCAUGAUAUUUCUAUUUGUAUAUGUAAAAGCUUUCCUCCUUUAUUUUUGUUUUUUUUCUUUGGUUUUUACCCGAUAAUCUCAGUAAAUUCCCUCCACACACGAUGCAAUCGGUGUCCUGGACGCUGAGAAAUUUCACCGCUAUUGGCAGCAGCUAUGAGUUUGGCCCCCAGUCGUCCCCUUUUUGUAACAUAGAUGAACGCUGACGAAUUCUCUUUUCCCUCGCGUGUUUUGUUUUCUUAUUUGAAUUGACUCCUUUUUGGAUUUGUACUAUUUUCUAAUUGUUUUUGUAUUUGAAUGGCAGCACCUUAAAGCGAGAGAAGAAGAAGAGGUAUGUUGGGGGGCAAAGAACGCGGAGCGGCUGGCUGACCCAGAGAAACAAAAGUGCUUGUAAAAAGUUGAGGAAUAUGCCCACCUGCUGUUUUAGAUGUGGGGAUUGGUAUCAUGGGGAGCUACAGUGAGCAGCUGGUCAGACAGGAGCUCAAUCAAAGCAGCGUAAAGAGAUGAAUACGGCCAAGUCAACUUUAAAUUUCUGAGUAUUUACUAAGAAGCGAGGCUUUUUUUAUUCUUAAAAAUCCCUGGAAAAUGAUGACAAUCACUUGCUUGAGAAGAAGGGAGUCAAACAGUAAAUACGUGCGACCUGCCAUUCCUCAGUACGAGCCUGAUCAAAGUCUGAGCUCGUUAGGAAAAAGCACCUAGUGGCUACAGGUGUUAUUGCACUUUAAUUCACUUAGCAUUUACUUGACAUUUUGACUGACUGUGGGGCCCAUUUCCACUUGGAAGGCAGAAUUUGAGACACAAUGUGAGACAAAUGAACUGGAUCCUGUCACAUGUAGUGAAGAUCGGAGCGCUGAACUCUUUAUCUGCACUUCCGAUGGCACGCAUCACUAGCGCUAAUGAUUAGCCUCACAGUGGGUCGUGAUCGUUAACAUUUAAAGAAUAAUUCUGUUCAAAGUGUGUCAGCAGGUAGUGAGUGUCUUUCCUGCAGUUGGUACGUUAGCCCCAGAGGCUGAAGCUAGCAGCUUAUCCAUGGUCAAACAUCUUUUUCAAACCGAAAAGAGAUUUUUAUUUUUAUUCUACUUGAUGCUUCCAAAGGUUUCUGGAUAGAAAUGAUUAAAUAUUUUUGACCAAAUUAAAACUCUUAAAGAGGGGAAAAAAAAUUUGAUAAAUGAAACCAGUGGAUAGUAAAGAUAUUGUUGUGGUUUCAGUAAACUGUGCUUCGCAGCUUACUGAGCUGGCAGUUGGUCGUUAAAAUCACCGGUUCUCAAUGCUUAUUGAACACAAGACGAUCAAUGGCGGUGGACUGCCUUCUACCUCUGCUUGAGAACUUCACAAAAUACAAUUGGCAAGAACCACUAAAGCAUUUGUGAGAUUGGAGUUGUUUUAAGGCCUAGUCCGUACCUAGCCAGACAUUGGGAGGAAUUUUUUGGGCCUUUCGUGGAAACAAAAACUCAGUUUUAUAUCCCAAAAACCAAUAAUUUAGGAAAACUAACCAAAGUCGCUGGUCACUGCAAACCGACCAGCGACCGACCGAGGGGUUUUUGUUUGGAUUACGAACUCUUGAAUUUCAGAAACUGUAGAUUUUACUUUUACUGAGACAUAAUUUUUGAUGACGAGCUCAAAGUCUGAGCUCGUUAGGAAAAAGCACCUAGUGGCUACAGGUGUUAUUGCACUUUAAUUCACUUAGCAUUUACUUGACAUUUUGACUGACUGUGGGAGAACGUGGGAGGCACGUUCUCCCACGUUGAGUCAACGUUGAGUCAAAGUAGAGAUUUGAGAAAACUGCCUUUGUGUUUGGGAUGAGCACAUGGAAAAACUGAGUUCCAGGGUUUCACGUAUUUCCGUCUACAACAAACAACGCGGCAAUAUAUCCACGCGAUCUCACAGUCCAGAUCAUCUUGUGUCUUAUUAAAUUUAUCCUCCAAUAUAUUUAAACGUAGUUUAACCUAUUUAUGAACCUUUCGGCGGCAUGCUUAAUUCUAACAGGAAGUUGUGGGGAUUCUGGUCGGCUGACAUAAUUUUGAGCCCCUGUCUGUUUGGCAUGUUUAAGACGACGCUCACUGCCGUGUCCGUGGGAUUUUGGUGCGGAUGAAAAGUUUUCUGAAAACGAUCCGGCGUCUACGACAUUUUUAAAACAAUGUGGUGGAGGGAUUCACUUUUUAUAAAAAUCUGAUCGUGGUCCUCGACCGUCCCAAACGUGUCAGCUUCAGCCUCUGGAACAAGUGAAGACGUCAACGCAGGAUGUCACUUCAAAAUAAAUCAGUGUCCUCUAAUUUGGAUUUGAGUUUGUUUUGUGAAAAGUGAAAGGGACACACUUUGUCUUCAGUGUGUGUGAGAGAAAGGGCUCACACACAACUAGAUCUAACAGCUGUCAGCUGUAGCUUCCUGUUCAUGUUAUCAGUUUCCUCAUCCAGCAAUCAAAGAAGCAUAUUAUCCCGAAUAAUUGUUUUAUUGACACAAUUUAAUUGUUCUCCUACCAGAAGGCCCUUCACUGUAGGAAAAGAAAAACCGAGUGGGGUUUUGACAAUCACGGGAUUUUUUAUUUUCUUUUUUAAAUUAUUUUUUAUUAUUCCUGGAGACAGACAAGCCGUUGGACGAUAACGAAAACACCUGCUCUGUGAUCUCCAUCUAGUUGAGUAUAUUUCAAAAGAAUUACAAUUUGUAAGUUGGUCCUGUUGUUUACACUCCCAGACAGCCUGCUGCUCCAAGAGCCGAGGAGGCCACACUGCGGAGAAAAAUGAUUACGUUACAUUUCUGAGGUUUUUUUUCUUCUUCUUCUUCUUCUUAACGGAGGCCUACGAGGUCAAGAGUCAAACGUGUGUGCCAGUUUUGUCUGCCAACUGCCUGUGACAGUAAAAUGGAAUAGUCGUCACGGUUACGCCCCACGCAAUUGCAUGCACUCACACACACCAGCACUCCCUUACCUACCCCUCCCCCCCAUGACCCCCCUGCCCAGAAGAGCCCUGAUAGAUCAAAUAACUGCACUGAUACAAUCAUGCCAGCCAGUUGCAUAAGUCAAAAAAGAUUUUUUUUUUUGUAAGCAUGACAGUAGAUGGAUCAUCACUCGGCGUGUCACGUUUUAAAUCCGACUCGUGACAACCGUUCAGUAUUAAUCACGCAGCCCUCCCAACGACGCCACGCACGACAGAUUUCAAAGGGAAGUCUUAAAUCGAGACAAUCUGUGGAGGCCUUUACGCUUCGUCACGUUGUUUGUUUUUUUUCUUUUUCUACAUAUAAACCCCCACUCCUCUUCCAUCCCCCCCCCCCCCCGCGGCGCGCACGUUCUCCCACGUUGAGUCCGAACGCCCAUUCAACCUCACAAAAUAACUGGACUGCCUGGCCGUGUUCCUUCAGCGCAGGGGAAGCAGUCGCAGUCGGCCGAGCUGACCGCUGCGUGGAGAGGGCUGGGUCGGCUGGACGAAGGCGGUAGGCUGAUUUCUUUUCGAAUCAAAGGAAGUGCCUCUGUAUUCCCAUUAUGCAAUUUGUCAAACAUGAAUUCAGGUUGUUUUUUCCUCACAUAUAUAAGCUAUAGUGAAUGGUAAUUAAAAAUGAAAAAAACAAAAAAACAAAAAUAUAUGUCAGGAGCGAAUGGAGGAGAAAAAAAAAACAAUGACAGCUCACUAGAUAAUCUCAAGCAUCUUUAUAUAUAAUACACUUUUAUAUAUAUUUAUAGAUAUAUACUUUUUUUUUCCUGUUUAGUUUGCAAGAUAAGCUCUGUGGCAGUCUAGUUAUUUUUUGAAGCAUGGCAUACAUCACACAGUCAUAGGAUGCAUCUGGAAACCGCUAAUCGGAGCCGUCGAAGCCCACGGCCGUCGCAGACCCGUCGGUAGAGACGCAGAGUAUCGGCUAACGUAGACGAGGAGUCAAAAAUUAAACGAACAGAUUUGCUUUUCUUUUAUCGUUUCGAUGGGAAGUAUUGUUCUUGAAAACUAAAUGAUGUAUGUUGAUUGAGCCAUGUGCAAUGCCUUGGUAGAGGAAUUGUGUUUGUUAGAGAAUGUUUGAGGGUGUCAUGCAAAAAAAAGAAAGAAAAAAGAAAAGAAAACUGAAAAAGGAGGAAAACCCUCUAGAUUUUUUUUCCCUUUUUUUUUUUUUUUUUUUUUUUUUUUGUCAGUUUGUUCGUUUGUUUUUCAAGUCCACACGCUCCUGGACUCUAAAUACACGAGCGGUGAGAUGAAAGAAAAAAAUAAAAAAAUAAAAAAAAGAAAAGAGAAAGAAGAAAAAAAAAGUUUGGGGGACAUUGUUUUAGUUUUUCUGUUUUUGUUUUUCCGUUGUUUCCUUUUAUCACUUUUUCAAGAAAAGAAAUUCGUUUUUAUUGACGGGAGUUAAAGGAACAAUUUCGCAGCUCGUAAAAUAUAUAUCACUAUGAAAACUGGUGCUUUCGUAAAUGAAUAAAGUACAUUCAGUCUCUAUUAUACAUAAAUAAUAAUAAACAAAAUGAAAUGUUAUCAUAAAAACUAAUUUUUAGGAAAUCAUGCAUUACUCUAUUUCUUUGUAUUUACCGGGGAGAGGGAAGGAGGGUGUUCAUUGGACGAAAAGGUUGUUGUAACAAAAGGCAUUUUUCCUCUCCCAAACCUUUACAACAAACAACAAACACGUCCUCUUGUGAAAAGAAAAAAAAACUUGUAAAAAUUGUCACUUGUUUCCUGCGGACACUAUCCCACCUACCACUGAUCCUAAUGUGGAACAAAGACAAGAUCUUCCCAAUAUUUCGGGAGAUGCACAAGUCUGGAUUCCUGUUCCUGAAUGACAACAGCAACGACAACAAAAGAGAAAAACGUGCUGUAAACGACGCCGUCUUCGUUUGUGACUCACUUCCAGGAUUUCCUCCGUCUGCGGCCAGCGGGGUUGCAGUCGUCCCGAGUCAGUAGCGACUCCAACCCCGUCCCCCCUCCACCCCCCACCCCCCCACAGAAAACCCCCUCCGAGUCGCCCUCCCCCCGAACACCCACCAGCUGUAAAUGAUGAUAAAUAUUUGUUUGGUGACGUAGUGUUAUAGACUCAGAGCAUCUUUAAAGGUUGUCCCUAAAAAGUGCCUUUUGUUCACAGAUUCCAUCUUGUAUUCCUGAGUGCCCAUCUCAAAAGAAAAUAAGUCCCCUCCCUCAUAUUUCUAUAUCUUUCUUCUUCUUCUUGAAGCUUUUUCAAGCAGUAUACAUAGUACUAAAGGAAAUUGGUGUGAUUUAGUUGCUCUUUUUAUUGUUCAAUACUAUAGAAAAGCUGAAAAAAAGAAAAAAAAAAGCCUAAAAAAGAUCUCUGUCUUGCUUCUCUUCCUCUGUAUCUUGUCGUCUGUUUAUCUUGGACACUGGAGUAGUCUGUAGCUGCGUAUCCUUCUCUCUCUCCCCUCAACUUUCUUUCCUCCCUAUUAUCUCUGCAGCGCGGUUUAAAAAAAAAAUUAGAAAAAUGUAAAAAAAAAAAAAAACUUAAAAAAAAUACGCAAAGAUUUUUUGUUUCGUUUCGUUUUUUUUUUUUUUUUUUUUGUCUGAGCAGAAUGCAAUUAGCUCACAUGUUAUCCUUGUCUGUACGCUUCACAUUGUAUUACCAUACCCAUCUUCUCCAGCUUCUCCAUUCAACAGCUAAUGUAAGUGAACAAGUUACACCACGAGGCUCUGGGCGGGGCCGAGGACACGGGGCGGGGGUCCGGGGCCGACGAGAGGGGGCCGGUUCCUGGUGGAGGGGUAAGAACACCCAGCUGUGAUCACCAGCGGGACUGCUAGCAUAGAUGGCUGACAUUUUGGGUGGGGCGGGGGUUUAUGCUUGUCAUAGAGAAUUUUUUUUUAGAAUGAUGUGUGAGUGAGAAAGUUUGAAAGGAAUAUAAGGCUCUGCCCACGUUUACUCAAAUAUUUUACUUGUUUUUUUUUUUUUUUUGCCCUCCAGUAAUGAUUGGAAAAUCAUGAUUUUUUUUUGUCCCCCAAGUGCAAUACAGACUUGGCCAACAAAUACUUGAAAAGUUAAGGAAAGAACAGCUUACUUUGCACGUGAUGAGAAAAAAUGGCAUUUAUCUCACCAUUAAAAAGAAAAAAAAACUUCACCAAGAAGCUGAAAUGGAAGAUUAUGGUCUUACAAUUAUUAGGAACAGUGUAGCGACGUCGUAAUUCGGGUUUUUGGAAAUUGUCUGUCUGUAUUUUGAAGUCAGAUUUUCUGACUCUAAAUGUCGAAAUACAACAUUAAUGCCUCUAGAAGUAGAAAAGUGUGAGAUCUCCUCGAGUCAAAUGCUGCACAUAAGCUAAAUGUGUUUAAAGUUUGAGAUUUGAAGUAUUUGUUAGAGCAUCUCCCAAAGUCCGAUUAAAUCUGUGAUCAUCCAGUUCUUGAAUCGCAAUAAAAUAAAACCAGUAUUUCUUUCUGGCUUUAGUAUUUCAACAGUCAGGAAAAAGCUCCGGCUUUCUAGAAUUGAAUCAACUUCGAUCAGAGUCCAACUCUGGAAGAGGAGCAAAGUGUUUAAAGUCGAUGUUCCUCCAGAAGAGCAUUAAAAGUAGAAGUUCUAGAAAACCGUCGCAACUGAUGAAGUCAAUGGUUGAAAGGUUCACAUUUCGCCCAAUUAGCACAGUUGCUACAUGACUUAUCAGCUCACAAAGCUGACACUUUGUGAGCUUUUCUUUGCAAUCAGUCUAAUGAAACAAUCAGCCAAGCUGCCACAAGAAGCCAUUUCAGAGAGACUCGUAUUGCAGAGAGCAGUGUGUGUGUGUGUGUGUGUGUGUGUGUGUUUCCAACAUGUUCUAUUGGGCUCAGAUUAGAUCCAACCCGCCUGGUUGUCCUUUCACUUCUUACCCAGUUCCAGCAGAGGGCGCCCCUCUCAUCUCCCCCAUCCUUUCUACAGAGCAGCAUCCCGUCCUCACAGGCCCCCCCUCCCAGAGCCUGUGGUGAAAUGCAUGUGUUAAUUACAGUUUCUUUUCCAUAAUAAUAAUAAAAAGCAGUUUGAAAAGAGCAAUGCCUUGACCUGAUUGAAUAAAAGGAUGUUCUUGACUGUAA